CCUCACGACUACGCCGGGAACGCCGGCGACAUGGACUACAUCUGCGAGUGUUGGUUGGGGCCGGUGCCGCCCACGCCGUCACCGACAACGCCGGAGCCCACGACGCCCGCCCCUACUAACGAUUGCACGGACGGCGUCGAGGGCUACAGCAACGAGUGCUCGGCCGACUGCUCGUCGACGACCCCGGGAACUUGCCGGUAUUACAUACGCAACGCCGACUGGGGCGAGGAGCGGACGUGCUCGCACUGGUGCGGGAGCCAAGGCCUCACCUGUCACGCCAUGUACGACGACAGCGGCAACAGUUGCUGCAAUUACAAAGGCAACAAACUUAGUUGCGACUACACCGGGGACUCCAGUGACAUGGAUUUCAUCUGCGAGUGUUGGCCAUGAAUUUCCCCCCCUCCU